ACAGGCCGUUCUCGCGAUUCAGCCGGCCUCCGGGACCUUUUCUCUCCGGGUCCUGUUUCCGGGCGGAUCGCGCGCUGAGGAACGUGUUAGUGCAGAGGGUCCCAGGACAAGAAAGAGGAUUGGCGUGAACAACUAUGGCCGGGCACCGCUUCGCAGUACCCCGAUUCGAGGGCGUUUCGCGGGAGCAGUUCAUAGAGCACUUGUAUCCGCAGAGAAAACCUCUAGUGUUGGAAGGAAUUGAUUUGGGAGCGUGUACAAGCAAAUGGACAGUGGAUUACCUCAGCCAAAUCGGAGGGAGGAAAGAGGUGAAAAUUCAUGUUGCUGCAGUUGCCCAGAUGGACUUCAUUAGUAAAAACUUUGUAUAUAGAACUUUACCUUUUGACAAGUUGGUACAAAGGGCAGCUGAAGAAAAGCAUACGGAAUUCUUUAUUUCAGAGGAUGAGAAGUACUACCUCCGAUCACUUGGAGAAGACCCUAGAAAGGAUGUUGCAGAUAUCAGAAAGCAGUUUCCUUUAUUGGAAGGAGACAUUAAGUUUCCAAAAUUCUUCAAAGAAGAGCAGUUCUUUUCCAGUGUUUUUCGAAUCAGCUCACCAGGGUUACAACUUUGGACACACUAUGAUGUAAUGGAUAACUUCUUAAUACAAGUGACAGGAAAAAAGCGUGUUGUUCUGUUCAGUCCUCGAGAUGCCCAAUAUUUAUAUUUAUCAGGUUCUAAAUCAGAAGUACUGAACAUAGAUAACCCAGACUUAGCUAAAUAUCCCCUGUUUUCCAAGGCUAGAAGGUACGAAUGUUCCCUUAAAGCUGGAGAUGUGCUAUUCAUUCCUGCUUUAUGGUUCCAUAAUGUAAUUUCUGAAGAGUUUGGAGUGGGAGUGAAUGUCUUUUGGAAGCACCUUCCAUCUGAAUGCUAUGAUAAAACGGAUACCUAUGGAAACAAAGAUCUGACGGCAGCAUCAAGAGCUGUACAAAUUUUGGACAGAGCCUUAAAAACACUGGCUGAAUUACCAGAGGAAUACAGGGACUUCUAUGCACGGCGAAUGGUCUUGCACAUUCAAGACAAAGCCUAUAGCAAAAACUUUGAAUGAAUAAGGAAAUGAAUGCAGUGCAGCUCAUCUCAAAUACUUAGGAAUACAUUAUACAGUUAUUCUUUGGUUACAGUUCAAGGGGCAUAUAGGAAUUUUUUCUUCUGCCAGCAAAACUUCUCACUACAUUGCUUGCUACAUAGGUAAGGAAUACAAAGAAAGACUAAGUGAAAUACUAUGCAGUCAAGAAUGACACAGGUAUAUGUAUGUACUGGCAAGGUAUUUUCCCAAGGUAAUUAAAUGGGAAAAAAAGUUUGAAACGACGGGUACAGUAUGAUACCAUUUGUAUAAAAGAAAUGUGUGCUAUAUGUAAACAUUGUGUGUGUGUGUGUGUAGUUGCUAAGUCAAGUCCAACCCUUUUUCAACCCCAUGGACUGUAACCAGCCAGGCUCCUCUGUCCGUGGGAUUUCCCAGGCAAGAAUACUGGAGUGGGGUUGCUAUUUCCUCCUCUGGGGGGAUGGAACCUGUGUCUUCUGUCUCCUGCAUAGCAGGCAGGUUCUUUACUGCUGAGCCACGUGAGAAGCCCCAAGUCUGCAAGGAUACACAGGAAACCAGUGAUCACCUCUGAGGUUAUACAAGUAGAUGGGCAGACUGGAAUUUGCAGUUAUUAUCUAAAAUUUUUUUUUUUUUUUUUGCCCUGGUGUAUAUUACUAUUUCAAAAUAAAAUUUAAAAAUAC